UACGCCCUUUGGGUCUUAACGUCUACAUUGACGUCCGCGUUAACACGUCCAAUUUGAACGUCUUAAGACGGCAAAUCUUACCGUGUUAACACGUUACUUUUGGACGUCUUAACACGUAACAACGUCUUAAGACGGCAAAAUGUGCCGCGUUAACACGUAACUUUAAAAUUGGGUGCUACCACUGCACUCACAUCUGAGGGGGGGAAUCCAAACACUGCAAAAAAGCCCCUCCAAAGACCCACCCUGACCUCGCCCCCAUUCUUUGGCGCGCAACGCUGACCGUAGCACCUGUGAUGCUCCUUUUGUUUGUGUUUCAAGAUCUGGCAACCCUGGCCGCAGCGUUGGCGCAGAAGAAAUGAAUCAGCAGAGGCUUCAAGCAAUAGCUGAUCGAUUUCAACAGCUUGUUAAUCGAGCAUCUGCAACUGAAGGCAGGCCUUCCACUUCUGGGACAAUGGUCGACAGACUCAGGGAGUUUAGAAGAGAUCAGGAGCCCAGGAGGACAGGACCAGCCAAACAGCGGCUGACGACAAUAAGAUUGGCUGUUCUUCCAAGUGGCCAAGACACACUGUUUAUACCAAGGCCGGGAUCAACAGUGAAAAAAGUUGUAGUGCCACUCUCCAUGCCAGAAGCUGCUUUUAUUGAAAAAAUAAGAGAAGAAUUUCCUGCUGUACAAGGAAAAUGGGGAAGAAGAGGUCAGGAAUAUCCACGGCAUGGGGGAUGGAAUGCUGGAGGAAAACCAGAACAUUUUGGAAGAACAAAACAGGUUGGAGGAAGAGGAACAAAACUUGGAGGUGGUGGAGGAGGAUAAGCAAAAUGGGUUUGAUGAAGAGGAGCAAGACAGAUCAGGGAAGGACAUUUUCAUAGAUCCGGAUGACAACCAGUCUGUUGCAAGAGAAAGUACAGUCUUGCUGCAGUGGCGUGCCCUGCGUUGCCAACAGGAUGAAGAGUAUCAAGUUUCUCUGCAAAUAGACAGAGAAAGGGAGAGAAGGCGAAGGCAACUCCUGGAGCGUGAACUAAGAAGAGUACACGUAAUAAAUACAAGAAAUGAAUGGAUUGAUUCCAUACCAGAGCCUGAAAAUGGGAUGGUCAUUCAGUUUAAAUAUCCUGAUGGUGGCUUAAAAAGGAGGCGCUUCCUACCAAGUCAGCUAUUUCAGGAUUUAGUUGCCUUUGCAGGUAAUGUAGACAUGGCCAGUGAAAUAUUUUCACUCCAGAAAGCUAUGUCUCCUAUCUCAAUCCUGAGUACCCAAAGAGGUUCACUAGCAGACAAUGGAAUCACUGCACAGUGUACUUUGUACAUUCUGUGGAUGUCAGGGGAUGAAGUGGAGAGUCCUUCAUUCAGUCCAUCAAGCCCAGACCAGGAGGAUAUUGAAGAAGCUUUUGACAUUGCUGCUGCACUGCAGACUCUGAAGGCAAGGGUUCACCAUCUUGCUCCUACUGCCAAUCAAAUAAACGUUCUUCGUGAUGAAGAGUUUGAAUGUGCUCUAAGAGCUUUCAACAGGCCAACCUUUGACCCUGAGUCAAAACUAGACAUCGUCUUCAUUGAUGAGGAUGGUCGAGGAGAAGGGGCCGUAGAUGAUGGUGGGCCUACCAGAGAGUUUUGCAGACUGCUUAUGGGAAAACUACAAGGGCACCAAAUAUUUGAAGGGCCUCCAGAAGAACGCACCCUUGCACUUGACAGCAUUGCACUUCACACCAACACCUAGAAAAACGUGGGACAGAUGUUGUCUGUUUGCCUGAUCCACGGGGGAGUGUCACCUAACUUCUUUUCAAAAAGGCUUUUCAGCCAAGUCUUUGGUUUACCAUCUGGCCCAGCAACCAUUGAGGACGUGGUAGACCAUGGUCUCAGAGCUAAACUGGAGAA